GCUGAAAGUUGUGAGGAUUUGCAAAAGACUUUGCACGAUGUUCGGCAAACUUGGACGGAAGUUGGCGACGUUUGCGCGCCGUGUGCGCUCUGCGUUUCUUGAGCUCAGCGUGCACCAGAUUGGCAUCGCCGUUGCAGUUGGCAUUGUCGGUGGCUUCUUCCCCAUCCCAGGGCUGACGACACUGCCGUGUUUGUUGCUGUCGACCUUGGGUCGCCUUCCCACAGCUGGUCACAUUGUCGUGCAAGCUCUUAAUUUGGCACUAGCAAUUCCCAACCUGGUGACUGUCCCACACUUUGCCUGCUUUGGGGAGGCGUUAUGGCAUGGCCAGCUCUUCAGCUUCCACUACCGUGAAUGCAUAGCGGAUACGGUGGCUGUGGUGGCGCAGGCAAAGGAUGCGCCCGUGGCAACGAUACAGCGCUUUGCCAUCGCAUUCCUCCUGGGCGCCUUGGCGUGGGCGAUUGUGUUUCUGCCCGUCAUGUUUCCCUUUGCAUACUACACGUCCACCAUUGUUGCCCGCUUUCUUCGCAAGCACGGGUCGCACCCCGCUUCCUCUUCCACCGCGGCUGCGACGGCCCACGCAUCCGCAGCUGCCUUGGCGGCAUUGUCAUCAUCAACAUCAUCAUCAUCCUCAACAACAGCGAAGAAGGCAGCCGCAGCCGCUGCAGACAUGAAGGCAUCGCCCAAACCAUGACAAGCAGGCAGUGGAGAAGGCCAAGAACAGCAAGGAAGAGGCACUUUGCAUCAAGUGUCACCUGCGCGGAGGCGGGCGACGUGCGUGAGGUGACAUGUGAUGUGACAACAUGACAUGCACGGGACGUGAGUGUGAGCGACAACAGUGGCAUCUCCGCUGCUGCCGCUGCUACUGCUUGUCAUGUUUGCUGUUGCUUGGUGUAUAGUAUGUUAAAUGCGCGCCUGUCCAUGUGUUGUGUGCGAAACAUGGAUUGCAGCAGAAAAAAUAAAAUAAAAUAAACCGCGCCCUG